CGCGUCACGUGUCCCGCUUGCGACAGGCGCGUGCGAUUGUGCGGGGUUCGGCGCGACGUCGUGAUUAAACCGCGUAUGGGACAUUGGUUCCAACAUUUCGCUUCUCUUGCUGGAAGCAUCGUCAGAGUGUGACCACAUCUUGUACAGGAUCAUGCCCUCGAACAAGUCUGUGUCGGAUGCGCCCAUCACUCAGUUCAUCAACUGCAGGAUCCUGAGGGACCACCGGCUGCAGAGGGAUGACCUGUGGGUUCGAGAAGGGAAGAUCUUGAACCCAGAGAAGCUCUUUUUUGACGAGGAGGGCUUUGCGGACCUCCAAGUGGACUGUGGUGAUGGGAUUCUUGCCCCCGGCUUCAUUGACGUCCAGAUCAAUGGAGGCUACGGGGUCGAUUUCUCCCAGGCAGCUGAUGACAUUAGCGGGGGUAUGGCUCUGGUGGCAAAAAAAAUCCUGGAGCACGGGGUGACAUCGUUCUGCCCUACCCUGGUGACGUCCCCGCCACACAUCUACCACAAGGUUCUUCCGCAGGUCAGCGUUGAUGAUGGCGGGCCGGGUGGAGCAGGGGUCCUGGGGGUUCACCUGGAGGGCCCCUUCAUCAGCAGGGAGAAGAGGGGGGCGCAUCCUGAGCGCUAUCUGUGCAGCCUUGCAGGGGGUGGCCUGAAGGACCUGCUCGAGGUCUACGGCAGCCUGGACAACGUGGCCAUCGUCACGCUGGCGCCAGAGAUACCUGGCAGCCUGGAGGUGGUCCGGCAGCUCAAGGAGCGAGGCAUCACCGUGUCCCUAGGGCACUCGGUGGCUGACCUUUCCCAGGCAGAGCAAGCGGUGCAGCAUGGUGCCACCUUCAUCACCCACCUGUUCAAUGCCAUGCUGCCCUUUCACCACCGGGAUCCAGGCAUCGUGGGCCUCCUGACCAGCGACCAGGUUCCUGAAAAUCGUACCAUCUUCUACGGGAUGAUAGCUGAUGGCAUCCACACGAACCCAGCAGCCCUGCGCAUUGCACACCGCGCCCACCCUGCAGGACUGGUGCUGGUGACAGAUGCCAUCACAGCCAUGGGACUGCCGCCUGGUCGCCACACCCUGGGUCAGCAGGACAUUGAGAUCGAAGGCCUCCAUGCCUACGUGGCAGGAACGAAGACGCUCAGUGGUAGCAUUGCCACCAUGGACAUGUGUGUGAGACACUUCCAGCAGGCGUCAGGCUGUUCUCUGGAGGCUGCCCUGGAGGCUGCCUCACUGCACCCUGCCCAGCUGCUGGGGAUUAGCCACCGCAAGGGUACUCUCAACUACGGAACGGACGCAGACUUUGUGCUGCUGGAUGAUGAGCUCAGCGUUAGAGCCACGUACAUCGCUGGACACCAGGUGUGGAGGAAGUGAGAGCCGUGAUGGCGGUGCGC